ACCUGGGCUCCCAGCUCCCUCCAGGUCCCGAUGAUUACAGGGCAGCUGAGCAAGCCGCUGCUCUCCCUGCGCAGCGACAUGAGCGCAGCAGAACUCCGGGUGGACGACAAAGCGGCCACCCCAGACAGCGAUCUGAACGACGAGCCCCUGCUCCUGCCCUCCGAGGCCACGGACAGAGAGGGCACUCCAAACAAGCUGUACGGAGCUUGUGACGGUUCGGUCCAGUCUGACACCAGCAGCAGUCCUUCUGAGCAGAGUCAUCUGGGCCAUUCCCACCCAGCGUUCUCCAUGGGUCAACAGUCUCUCCUGGUGGCCCAGCAGCUGGCCAAUGCAGUGGGUGGCGUGAUGUCCGGGGCGGCGCAGGGCAUGAACCAGCCCAUCCUCAUCCCCUUCAACGCAGGCGGACACCUGGGGGGGCAGCAGGGCCUCGUCCUCUCUCUGCCCACUGCCAACCUCCAGAGCCUGGUGGCUGCUGCUGCUGCGGGGGGGCUCAUGACGCUCCCGCUCCAGAACCUGCAAGCUACCUCAACUCUGAACUCCCAGCUCCAACACCUGCAGCAGCUCCAGCAGAUGCAGCAGCACCACCACCACCAGCAGCAGCAGCAGCAGCAGCAGCAGCAGCAGCAGCAACAACAACAACAGCAACAGAUCCAACAGAUCCAACACCAUCACCAACAGACCCUCUCCCACAGCCACAACGCGCUGCAAUCCCAGCAUCACAUGACCCCGCCCAGCCAGCAGCAGACCUCCAUCCCUUCUCCGGGCUCCACCUGCUCCUCCACUUCUGGACACCAGCAGCACUCCCCACCCCACCGGCCCAACCACUCCCCGGCCCGCAGCCUUCCUUCGCCCGUCACCCCACCCAUGCCUCUGUCGCUGAACCCAUUGGCCAGCCAGGUGGCGGUAGCGGCGGCAGCAGCAGCCAUGGGAUCCAUGGCCGGGUCUCAAGUGUUUGGCAACGCCCUGUCAAACCUGCAAGGAGCCACCGGACAGCUGGUCACCAACGCACAAGGACAGAUAAUUGGAACAAUCCCACUGAUGCCCAACUCUGCAGGACCCUCCAGCCAAUCAGGGGGUGGCAACCCAGCACUGCAAGUACAGCCAAUUACACCUCAGCUUCUGACCAACGCUCAAGGCCAGAUCAUCGCCACGGUGAUCGGCAAUCAGAUCCUGCCUGUCAUCAACACCCAGGGAAUCACGCUGUCACCAAUCAAGCCUGGACAGCAGAUGCCUCAGGCUCAGCAGGGUCAGACAGGCCCUGUAUCGUCUCAGCCCAACCUGCUCCACAUGCCCCACAGACAGAGUCCUCUCCACCAGGCCUCUUCCUCCUCCUCCACCUCCUCCUCUUCCUCGGCUCUCAGCGUGGGGCAGCUGGUCAGCAACCCGCAGACCGCCCCCAGCGAGGUGGACGGGGUCAACCUGGAGGAGAUCCGUGAAUUCGCCAAAGCAUUCAAGAUCCGCCGCCUGUCCCUGGGCCUGACUCAGACUCAGGUGGGUCAGGCGCUGAGCGCGGCCGAGGGUCCGGCGUACAGCCAGUCUGCCAUCUGCAGACACACCAUCCUGAGAAGCCACUUUUUCCUACCACAGGAAGCCCAAGAGAACACAUUAGGUAGCAGUCUGACAGGCAAACUGAACCCUGGCCUUUUAUAUCCUGCCAGGUUUGAGAAGUUGGACAUCACCCCUAAAAGCGCCCAGAAGAUUAAGCCCGUUCUGGAGCGCUGGAUGGCCGAGGCUGAAGCCCGCCACCGGUCCGGCAUGCAGAACCUGACUGAGUUUAUCGGCAGCGAGCCUUCCAAAAAACGCAAGCGGAGGACCUCUUUCACCCCGCAGGCGCUCGAGAUCCUCAACAGCCACUUUGAGAAGAACACACACCCCUCCGGACAGGAAAUGACGGAAAUAGCCGAGAAGCUGAACUAUGACCGGGAGGUGGUGCGGGUCUGGUUCUGCAACAAGAGACAAGCUUUAAAAAACACGGUAAAGCGUUUGAAAGGUCCGGAGCUGGGCCCGGCCGGAGCCAUGGACCCGCUGUCCGACUCUCUAGAGGAGCUGCCCAAAUGAACCACAGUUUAACAGUGGAGGGGAAGAGAGGCAGCCAUUAAUAACCAGAGGGAUGAACUCAUCUUGAACCGAACAAUGUUACAGAGUCACCUGGACGGACAGUGAUGAGUUUGCAAACAAAAACUAUGUGUUGUCAGUGUGAUUACCACAGCUAUGUAAAUGACCUUGGCGAAACCAAAAACAAGAAAAAAAGAGAUUAAUAUCUGAGAAUUAUGUAAAAACAUACGGUGUGCUGUUUCAAAGAGUUUUAGAUUCUGGCCGUACAGACCAGACUAUCGCCCACAUUUUGGUUCCCACCAGGAGGGAUUUAGUAAAGAGAUCAUACCAAAUCAAAACACUAUUUACCAAAGUCUGUUGCAUCUGAGUACUAAGAAUAAUUUUGUAAUGUAAAUGUGCUCUAAAUUUCUACAUUUGUACUGGCAAAUCUAAGCUAUAUGUGUGAGGUUGGGUAUACAUUUUAUCUUUGUCUCGCUUACUUUUUUCUUCAUUGUUUGUAUGUAAAUAUCUGAAAAAAAAAAAAAAUGCUGUCAUCCAAGUGAAACCACUCUGAUAAACGUUCUCUUUUUGGACAAAAAGAAAAUGCUGUUGAACAGUUGCAUUAUGAUGUUGUUUGCCUUUGUGUUUCAUCUGCAAAUAUUUUUCAGUCACAGUGUAACUUUGUACAACUUUUACAGGUAUUUAUUAAUAAUCUCAGAGUGUUUCAGAGGACAGACAGUCAAAUAAGGACUUUCAGAUGAUGAUGAUGAAGGGUUUCAGUGUCUGUCAAGUCUGCUGUUUUGAGCUACUGUGUCAUUCUGUUGCCAAAGCCUGAUAGCCAAAGAACAUGUUAGCUCAAGGACUGGUGAAGAUUUUACCUUUUUAUUUUCUGUUUCACACGGCUUUCUAGUUUCUAGUUUAACACUACCAUCUCAAGCAGCUUUAAAAACAUCCACACAUCUGCGUCUGCAUGCUUCAUGUAGGAUUUGUCUCAGAUCAGUUUCACCUGGCAAUCCAGGAUUAACAUUACCUGCUUUUUUCUUACCUCACUGAAAAUAACAUUCUUUAUUAACAUUAUAAAGACUUUAUAAUGCCCUUAAACUAAAUGAACAUGUGUGGUUGAAGCCUGUUUGUCGCCACUGACCAAACUACUGAGCUCAUUCCAGUUCAAAUGUUUUAUAACCUCAACAACAACAAAAUGUUCCUUUGUGUUCUGCAUCGCUGUCAGCUUAGUGAAGUUUUACAAUCAACUAUUUUAAUGGGGAAAUGUUUUUUAAAUGGUUAAUUUUGACAGAUUAUGCUAAAAUGUCCCUUGAUGUGUUUAUUGUUUUUGAUUCCAGUCGAUUGUGUCUCCAAACUGUUCAUUUAACGUGUUUUUAAAUGUCAAUAUUCCCAUCCAUACAAAUAUGUCGCUCUCUCGAAAGCCCCUCACAGGAAAAGCCAAAAAAACAAACAAGAGGUGAAUGUUGAGAAUAAGUGUCACAUGUCAGAACGAGUGAACUUAAUUUGAAGCGAGGCGAAAUUUGAUGCAAUUUAUUCAGAAUCAUGUGUCUGCUCGAUAUCUGUCCCUCUAUGUCACAUUGGUUAUCUUCAGUGCUGCGUUCUUCUUCUCUGCCUGGAAAACACGCACGCAAACACACUGUCAGAAAACACAUGACAUGUUUUUAAAGAUACAAAGCAACUAUUGACUCAAGUAUUUCAACUACAUUUCCAUCUUUUGAUUGUGAUUCCACCUUUACGUUGCGUCCAUCUUCCAUUCAGGCAAGUCUUUGGCCAAGAAACUCCACAUCUGCACCCACCCACUCAAAAGAAAUCUGAGACAUUCUAUCUGCAGGUAGAAUAUGGAUCUUUUCCGAGGCUUGUCAAUAAAGCUGUAACCAAAAUAAAAAAAAGAAGUUGACUUCUCAAUGCUGGACCAAAGCUCUAUAGUUAUGCACAUUGUACAGAGAAAUAGAUUCAUGAUGUUGACAAUCUUUUAAAAAAACUGAGAUAAAAGAAUUGUACAGACGUUCAUCCAAGGUUUACCUCAGUACUGUUCUUGUGAGAAUCAUACAAACGCCAUGAAGCAUCAGCAGGUCAGAAAAGACAGACUCUGCACUGUGUGUGUCGAUGUUCACCUCCAACGUGUUUUAUUUAUUUAUUAUUAUGUGACACAUGAUUGUUUUAUUUUUGUGAAGUGGUUUCCUGAGCCACACGUGACUCUCCGUUAUUUCUUUUCUAUCUUAUUUGCAUUAUGUUUCAUUUGUUGUGCCGUCCCCUCUCAGUCCCCACAGACCUG